CACCCCCACGCGCCCAUUUUCCAACCGUUUAAACCCCAUUUUCUUCCCCCACCAACACUUUCUCUCUCUAAAAACUCUGUUUUUCCCCUGUUUUUCAUUCUCUGAAGAUUUAUUCACAAAAUUCAUUCAAUUUCUUGAACAAAUUUAAAACACCCACUUCAAAUUUCAUCACAAAAAAAUCAUCAAUUAAACCUUGCUUCCCCACGAACUCUUUCUCUCUCUAAAAAAAACCUGUUUUCCCCUGUUUUUCAGUCUCUGAAAUGAUAAAUUUCUCCAAGAAAACCAGGUUCCUUCACAAAAUUCAUCCAAUUUCUUGAACAAAUUGAAAUACCCACUUCAAAUUUCAUCACAGAAACCAUGAUUUCAUCUCCAAUAAACCUUCUUUUUGUCAUUAUCACACUUAUUUUCUUUCUUCUUACAAUUCCAACUUCAGCUAGUUCAGUAAGUUUCCAUUUUUUAUCAUUCAACCCAAGAAAUUUCACUUUGUUGGGUGAUUCUUAUCUUAAAAAUGGAGUAGUGGGUUUAACUAGAGAAGUUACUGUUCCAACUACAAGUUCUGGGUCAAUAAUUUACAACAACCCAAUUCCAUUUUAUGAUUCUGAGACAAAUAUAACUGCUUCUUUCUCUGCUAAAUUCUCAUUUUCUGUGAGUAAUGUUAAUCCUACUUCAUCUUCUGGUGAUGGGUUAGCCUUCUUUCUCUCUCCUGAUAAUCAGACUCUUGGUAGCCCAGGUGGGUACUUGGGUCUUGUAAACUCCACUGAGUUAACCAAGAACCGAUUCAUUGCGAUCGAAUUCGAUACAAAACUUGAUCCUUUUCUAAAUGAUCCCAAUGAUAAUCAUGUGGGUUUUGAUGUUAAUAGCUUAAUUUCAAUCAAAACUACUAAUGUAGUGUCAAAGGGGAUUGAUCUCAAGAGUGGGGAUUUGAUUAAUGUGUGGGUUGAUUACAAGAAUGAGGAAAAAUUGGUUGAAAUAUAUAUGGGUUACUCUAGUACUAGGCCUUUAAACCCGGUUUUAGAGGUGGAAAUCGAUCUUUCUGAGUAUUUGAAGGAGUAUAUGUAUGUGGGAUUUUCAGGUUCUACUGAGGGAAGUACUGAAGUUCAUCUGAUUGAGAGUUUUGAUUUCCAAACUUUUGGUUUUUUGCCAAGGAGACCUAAGUUUAGGACUCAUAAUGUGUCUGAUAGUUCUGUGAUAAUUGCUCCUGCUCCAAGCCUUGGAUCGAGCUCGAAAAAUCUUCGAAAGAGGAUAGGUUUAGGCCUGGUAAUAUCUGGUCCUGUAUUCUGCUGUGUUGUUCUGGUUGUGUUUGGGUUUUUUUCAAUCAAGAAAUGGAAGACAAUCAAGAAACAGAAGAGUUUGAAGGCAGAAAUGGUAACUGGUCCUAAGGAGUUUAGUUAUAGAGAGCUGAAAUUAGCUACAAGAGGGUUUCAUUCAAGUAGAAUUCUAGGAAAUGGAGCAUUUGGGACAGUUUAUAAAGCAUAUUUCACAACUUCAGGAAAUGUUGCAGCUGUAAAAAGAUCAAAACAUACCCAUGAAGGUAAAACUGAGUUUCUAGCUGAAUUAUCGAUUAUCGCUUGUUUGAGGCACAAAAACUUGCUUCAACUUCAAGGAUGGUGUGUAGAAAAAGGUGAAUUGUUGCUUGUUUAUGACUUUAUGUCGAAUGGAAGCCUUGACAAAGUGCUAUAUCCUGAGAUAAUAAUUGAUACUAACCCACUCCCAUGGCCUCAAAGAUACAAUAUAGCAGUGGGUUUAGCCUCAGUUCUGACAUACUUGCACCAGGAGUGUGAGCAGCAAGUCAUACACAGAGAUAUCAAGGCUAGCAAUGUGAUGUUAGAUGGGAAUUUCAACCCUAAACUAGGUGAUUUUGGGUUAGCUAGGCUUAUGGAGCAUGAUAAAAGCCCGGUUUCAACCUUAACAGCCGGAACAAUGGGGUACUUGGCUCCUGAGUAUCUGCAGUAUGGGAAAGCUACUGAAAAAACUGAUGUUUUCAGUUAUGGUGUUGUGGCUCUUGAAGUGGCUUGUGGGAGACAGCCAAUAGAGAGAGAAAAUGAUGAUCAGAAGAUGAUUAACUUAGUGGAUUGGGUAUGGGGUUUGCAUUCUGAAGGAAGGCUCAUUGAAGCUGCUGAUCCGAGAUUGCAAGGGGAGUUUGAUCAGGAAGAAAUGAAGAAGUUAUUGCUUGUUGGGCUAAGCUGUGCUAAUCCUGAUUGCUUGGAGAGGCCUAACAUGAGGAGGGUGCUUCAAAUUCUUAACAACGAGGCUGAUCCUAUGCUCGUUCCUAAGUCGAAGCCCACGUUGAUCUUCUCGAGCAGCCUUCCACUCAGUUUAGCAGAUAUAUUUUCUGAUGAUGAAGAAGAUAGCAAGAGUUCAGAAGAUCGGUUUCAGAUUACAGUUCAGUCUAGUCAGGACUUGAAAGAGAUUUGUUGAAAUAACAUACCACUUUUUAGAUUCAUUCUUUCAAUUCUUUUUUCUACUUAUACUUUUUGCUGCAUAGUUUGAUCAAAGCUGUAAGUCUUGUAAUCAAAGAUUAAUAGUAUUUUGAGUUCAAGAUUUCUGUUGAACUAUGUUGCACAUUUCUUAGUUUUGUCAGUAUGAACUCUCAUUAGAUACAAUUGUACACAACAUUCACAGUAACUCAAUAAAAUGAAAAGAUGACUACACUUCUCUUUCUAUACAA